AUGCCCGACAACGACAUCACCAUGGCUGAAGAAAUCGCCAAUCUCCCAUGUCACGACAUGGCUCAAGAUGACUUUCAACAAAUGUCGAUGGACCACUGGCCGAGAGCUGAUGAGAUCGGCCCCGAAAACUACUCAGGUAUCACCUGUCUAAUUGUAGUGGUCAGGCAUCUCCUCGGCUUGUUUCCGCAAUCUGAGCGUAACGGAAUCCUUCGUUUCGCAGAUGACGCCGAACAGCAUCAAAAUGUCCCCGAAAACGAGAGAGGUACCCUCCGAGCGAUCCUCAUCAAUGACAACAAGGCAGCCGUCCAAAAGAUCACGGCCAUUUUUUCUCAGAGGACGGAUCAGUCCAUGUCAUUUGAGGCACUGAUCCUCAGUCAUCAAUACUGGCGAAGCUUGUGGAAUCAUCCCCGUUUCACCCUCUACCACCCGUGCACAUAUUCAGACAGUCGUCAAGGGCCUUAUUGGCCUUCCAGGCUCUCGUCGAACCCCCUCAAUCGUGGAGGUAAAACACACUUCACGUGGGAUGGCGCCGAAGGCCAGACUCUUAGGCUGCGUUUGUUCUCGUACAGUUGCCGUAUAAACCGCCUCAUACGGCCAUUUCUAUAUAAUAACCGUACAAAAUAG